UUCGCUGGCACAGCGACAGCCGUCUUCUGUCGUGAUCCGUCGUCUGCUUUUGUGUGGGUGCCAUGGAAGGAACCGAGUUUCCUCGUGGUUCCGCGUAAUCUAUUUAGUUUUUCUGAUUUUCAAUAGUUUCAUUAUUAAAUCCCCCUUGUGGUUAUUGUCUUCGGCAAACAAAGCUUGUUGCUUUGAAGUUCACACCAUGGAUUUAAACGAGCACGAAUUGGCCGAACUGGAGGAACGCCUAUACUCGCGAAUCCACCACGCAGCUGAAGGACCUGAGACGCAUAUUUCAUCCCCCGCAGACACAACCAUUGCAGUAUCCGCAAAAGUUCCCGUCGUCAACUUCAACGGGAAACUUCCCCAAGCGCCGCUGUCCGGUUCGAUUGGUGACGGAUAAAUCCGUAAUUAACAAUGCCCGGCAGACUGCAUCGGUUGCUUCCUCAAAGAUCAAACGUUACUGGGAUUCCCUCCAGCAGCAGAACAGUCGUAUGUCGUAUCCCGGAAUAAAGCAAACCCAGAAGAACGGGACCGAGCGAAGUGAGGGAUGAUGGCAAAGCAAAUGUGGAAGAGGAAGCUCUUCAGACGAAAAAGGUUUUCACACCAUACAAAUCGAUUCUUGGGUCUUUGGGAGGAGGAGGCUUGUUGAAGAGAAGAUGGUGAUCCGGAGCAAACCAUACCAAAUCCAGAUGAUAAACAGAAGAGGAAGACAGUCCCAGAAAGAGGGUUAAGCAAAAAUAGCAAUUCCGUAAGCAGUCGAAGUCGGAAGUUAGAUCAGUACAAGAAGCUCAAGGGAAAAGAGCAAAGCCUUGAAAAGCCGGCAGAAAGCAGCAAUUGGUGAGCAACGGACUUGUCGCUACGAUAGAUCUGGAUACUUCGUUGGAAGAGGAAGGCGAAUAUGUUUCACCGGAUCCGAUCAAACAGGAGAAGAUGGAACAGGAUGCCAAAUGUCAAGAAUCUGCACGAGGGACUCAGAUCCGGAUUGAGGUGGUAUUGAUUCCGAUGCCCCUCCGCCGUUUGGUAUGUAUUGAAGAUAGCGAAGAUGACGGCGCCAAACAUGGUUUACACAGCCAAAAUCGAAGAAGAAAAAGCAGACCAAGAAGAUCAAUUCCCCACGCUGCAUCAGCCCUUCCAAUAGCUCGAUCAUGUCGGACGUUUCAUCCGGUCAAGAGCGAUCGUACACGAUUGAACGACAGUUUCAUCGAAGGACUGAACAACGAUGAGGAACUAGAUUGCACAGCUCCUCACACGGUUGGUUCUUUGCUCGCUGGGGAACGUCGAGUCUUCGGAGACAUCUCCGCGAGGCGCGAGCCCCGUCAAUAUCUUCCGAUUGUACAGUAGCGACCAGUAGGCGAUACAACUGAUCCAGAUAAACGUAACGGUUUGAAAUCCAAUCAAUCGACUGUUUCUCAAGAGAUCGGUGCUCCGAAGUUAUCGUCAACCCCCAAGCAAACGUUAGCUCCCAAAAAAGACAGCAGCCGCUCCGAAAGCUUCAAAAAUCAUCGAAGACGACAGCAUAUAUGCGGCCACUUCAACCAAAAAGACGAAACCCUCAGCGGAAAAGCGCCCCAGCAGUGAAUCGUCCGAUGAGAGCGAAGGUGGAAAUAUCUCCUCUCAUUCGAAGCGCUCCAAAUCGUACCAAUCCGACACCAGCACCAGUACGGAAAAGCUUGCUGAAAAGACGGAAAAAAGCGCCGAAAGCAAGACUCCGAACACUACUCGGAUGAAGAUUUUGCUUCGAUGUUGACCGAUAUUGUACAAGCCAUUUCCGAGAAUGAAGAGGACAGUUCCAACGAAGAGGAACCACAGACGCAGGUUUCAACCCCUUUGGAAAAGGAAAGACAAACGUCUGUGUCCUCGAAAGAUGCUUCAACCGAUCAACCGACCGAGGUCAUAGAGGUGGAACCAACGGAACCGCCAACGCAAAUCAAUUUGCCUCAGAUCGAAAAGCGAGUGGUGGAAAUUGCAGCCACAGAGACAAAACGCCCAGGAGGAAACUGAAAACGAAACGGAUUCCGUUGUGGAGGUAGAAAAGUGCCUUGCCACCAGUGGUCAGCUUGGUCGAUGAAGAAUCGUGCGAUCGAAUGCAACCGGUUCGUCCAGCAGGAAAAGGAGGGACGAUGAUAUGUUUGGAGUGCGCCGAAUGGAUCAUGAUCCCGAAUGCGGCUGGAAUGAUGAGAUGCGAAAGUUUUUACAACGAUUCUUGGAAUUGUGAGGACUUUAACAUUUCGACCGUGCUUUUCAAUAUGCCCCGCUCUAACAAAUAUUGGCCCAUCGUGCACAAGGACAAGUAUCCCGACCCGCCCAAGAAGGAAAUAAUUUGCAACAAUUGUGGUGAGCGUGGCCACAUGCGCUACAAGUGCCGUAACCCUCCCAAACCAAAAACCUGUUACAUGUGUGGUCUCGCAGGUCACCAGGAGGUGCGGUGCCCAAAUACGUUGUGCCUUAAGUGUGGUGAAAAGACCAAAAAUUUCCUACGUGGCUGUCCAGCGUGCGUCCGGGAGCAGAACAUGACCUGCCAUCUGUGCGGGAUACGAGGCCAUGGGCAGAGAAAUUGUCCGGACAAGUGGCGCCGGUACCACUCGACGACCGAGGACAAUAAACCCCUGACGCAGCAAUAUGUCCGCAACCCGAACGCAAAACAUUGUUGCAUUUGUUCCCGAGCUGGCCAUCAGGCUCAUAUGUGCAAUGCUGCGUACAAAAUCUUUGGCCAAAUGGUCCCUACUACGGAAAUCAAAAGUUACCAGCCAUUGUAUCACAUGAACGAACAACUUCGACAGCAGAAUCAAAACCAAGGCCCCAAAUUCAAUCUGUUUAGCGACAUGACCGACUAUCAGCUCAAUUUCGAUAAAUCUUUUGCUGCCAACGAGAACAGUUUUUACUAUAGGUUUGCAAAGUCUGUUGGAAUCAUAGAGGAGAAAAAACGGCAAGAGGAAAAGCUCGCUCGGAAACUGAAAAGAGAAGCAAGAAAACGAAGAAAAGCUGAAGGUACUCAAAGAGCAAGCAAUUUUCCUAAUGAAACUGUAGUGAUCGAUGAUGAUUCAAAAGACGUAGAUCUAGAUCGAUCCAAAGUGAUCCCAAUAGCCAAUAGUAAUCAAGCUAAACCAACAAAUGAAGAUUCUAAUUACAGUUUUUCGGAGUUUUACGAAGACAAUACUGCCAACCUACCUCAGCCAUCCGGGGCUAUGCCGGAUUUUAUUCCUUUGAAUACACCAGAAACCGCAAUCGCCCCAGUUCCUAGCGUGGAGCACGUGACGGAUGCGAAAAUUUUCCUCACAAAACCGCAUGCUAAAAUUCUGUUGGGGCCAAUUGGAGCUGCCUUUCUCAAAGAUGCUUCUUCUAAGUUUUCGCUUAAGGUGAGCAUUUUGUUCCAAACGGUCGGCAAUGUUUUGUUGGCAAACGGAUUAUCUACUGAUCAAGACAACUUUCACAAUGAACUGGUAAAGUUCCUAAACAACGCUUCUCAUCAGAACGAACAACUGAAGCUUAUCAAUAAUGUACCCAAAGCGACCGAAAAGACAAUCCGCUAUAUCACAGACCACCUGGUGUUGCUUACACGUUCUUACGAAAAUGCCAAGGUACUUUUCAAACGCUAUCAACACUUCGAAGAGCAAGGGGCAAACACGAAAACUUGCGAUAAAAUUCGGCGAACUUUGAACAUCAUUCUGUUCGGUCAGUACGGGUUGAGAGCAGGUCGCGAACAUCUGACAAAACUGCAGUCGAACUUGAAGCACCUGCAGGAUACGGAGGAAACGAAUGUGUCUUCCGAUUUCCGAGACGAAAUCAACCAACACAUACGGUACAUUUUCACCUCUUUCGACCAUGCUGACUACGGGGACAUUUUGAAUGAGUUUGAGAAGCUGCGCAAGGUCAAGAAGCUCAUCAAAAUAAAGCCCGAAGAACUGAAUUUGCCAGCGUUACCUCCGCUCAAAGCCGGUGUAGAAACUACAAACAAGCCGUUAGAUGAUUCGUUUAACUUGUGUAAGGACUUGAAUUUCGAUGAACGUAGCAACAAUACCAACAUAUCGGAUACGUUAGAUGAAGAUCUAAUCCUGAAUACAUCCGAUCAGUUGAUCGAUGCUAACCGAAGUUCUGCCAACUAUGACGAUCAGUUAGAUGCGGAUUCGGAUCAGUCGCGGCUUGAUUCAUCUGCGAUCGAACCUAUUCCAAAUGUUACGCCAAAGCAGAAGAAGCAUAGUUCACAAAAGCAUCGAACUGGUUAUUUGCUAGAGCAGUGCAGCCACAUGGUUAAAAGGUUGAACAUUGCUCCCAUUACAGAGAAGUUUGAACGGAUAGCGAACCAGACCAGGAGGGGACAUCUAUCCAAAGCCAACCACCGAGCGCUUGUGGGAAUUCACUCGUUACUGCUAAAUAAGCUUAAUCGUAAGUUGUCGUAUAAAAAGAAGGGGGGUUCAUCAGUUUAGCGAGCUGUUUUUUUUUAAAGAGAUGAAAACUUAAUUUGGAUAUUUUUUCUUUACGGAUUGCAACAUAGUUGCGCAUAGUUUUCAAUAGAUGAAUGUGAAGUGCA